GCAAGUGCACUUUGCAAAUCCAAGCACUGGGAGCUCCUCGGCUGGGCGCGUGAGGUUCGGUGAGAGCGAUGCGAAGGGGAGGACUACGACGCGACGGCGUCGGUUGAGACGUGUCUCCGAGUAAUGUGCAGACCCAAGCUCCGAGUGUUGGUGGUGCGAAGUAGCUUGAGCCUGGGUCCAAUGGGAGGGAAUAGGUGGGAUGCGGAAGCGCAAUAUCAAUCAUAAUAAUAACAACACCUUCCGGCAUCAGCCUGCUUCAGCCUGCAGAUCGCUCUCCAUACCUGACCGAGAAAGCGAGAGAUGGCUGAGAUAUACCGGAUUCCACCAUUUCUUGGCUCAAGACUUUCUACGUCUCCCUGCAAGCCCCUGUGCUGCCCUGUUCGGAGGGCGCCUCAAUGUGCUGCGCUGCACAGGGCAUCAUCACAAAAGCUGGGCCCCAGCUGCGGUGUGACCGAACGAUAUAUCGUGAUGUGCUAUGUAAAUCAUUUUGGGGCCAAGCUACUACGUAGUAGACCACCGUCAAGAUGCCCACUACUGGAGAUUACUGGUCAAUGCCUGGCCAUAACAAACCGGGCUCCGUUGAGAGCGGACGUGCUUCCUUCAUGGAAGGGACGGGGAGCAAGCCCAUCUACCCGCGUCUCCCUUCCAGAGGGAUCAUUUAUUGGUUUAUUGGGGGUAAUUGGGGAAGGGAGAGAGUCCAAGAAGAUCAACCCCAAAUGUUGUUUCCCUUGCUUCCUCCCUUGGUGCCGAGUCCAUCCAAAUCGAGGCGUCCCACGCAUGGCGGUCAAGUUUUCGUGGUGUCUAGUACGUACCCGGGCUUGUUUUAGGUGCAAUGGACCUAAGACCAAUUCCGGCGCGGGAGUCGACGUCAGACAAGACGGUCGCCGUUAGCUUCAGACGGUAGCUGAUGUGCUACCAAUGCAGGCAGGUUCCAUUGGGAAGGGCAAAACGGAAACGAGAGACGGGAGCGCUGAGAUUGCGGAGAACCAAACGGGGGCGCAUUGGCUGAUGGCCCAGUUUGUGCAGUCGGGGCGCUGAUGAGGCAUUGCAUGGCUUAAUUUCACAAACCGCCCAGUUCCCUGAAAAGUCAAUGAGCCC